AUGGUUGGAAGUGAACUAGUUUAUCAUGAACAUAUUGAUGAUCUCGAGAGCAAAAUUGACUCUUCGAUUGUCUGGAAGACGGUCUCUGGUGUUGCCAUGCAAUCAGAAAAUAUUCUUGAUAUUAUACGAAAACCAUUCGAUUUGGAACGUGAGCUGCCAUUUCGAAUCCAUAUUAUCAAACACAUUGGUUCAAAUUGUCUCAUGAUUAUUUUUAUCGUACAUCACAUUGCUGCCGACGGUUAUAGUUUGACAAAGCUCAUACAUGUACAACUGUGGGAAUUGUACGAUCAUGAUGAUAUUCCUGAUUAUUCGCUUGUCGCAAACAAAAAUUUUGCUCAAUAUGUACACGAGAGAUAUACCAUAUCUAAAGAGAAAACCGAGCAGUGGACAAAUGACGUACGCUGGUGGCAAGAACAUUACAGCUCAACCAUUCGUACCACAAUCAAGCUGCCACCACCCGAAAUACCACUUUAUGGUUCUACCAAUGCUUUGGCUAUUGCGACUAACAGAGAUAAACACAAUGAUAGCAGUCUCCAGUGUAAGACACUCAACAUCCCGGCCGAUUUGUGGCAAGCAAUAGAAGCUUUAUGUAUUUCAAAUGAAUGCACGCCAUUCACUUUGUGUCUCAGCAUUUUCUGGGAACUUCUAGCACAAUAUACAGAAGAUGACAGAUUUAGUAUUCACAUCACUUUCGCUGCACGUCCCAAAACUUUUCAAAAUACAGUGGGACCUUUUGCUCAUGCAUUUCCGAUUAUUCUGAACACGAACCAAUCAACAACGGAUGCCGAUCAGGAAACAUUCAACAAGUUCUUAAUGAGAACACGUCGUUUGAUAUUAGAAGCAAAACAACACGAGAUGAUCACACUGUCGGAAAUUUAUCUUCAGACAAAGCAACUUCAAUCAAUAGCUGCACAGGUAUCAGUAGCAAUGAGUGCUAUCAGUACACCGAAAGCUGUGGAACAAGUGGAUUCAUCCGAAUGCAUUUUUUACACCGUAUCAAGCUUGACUCUCUACAUGUUUGCUAAACAGCACGCUCUAAAAUGGUGUUUUAAUACGACUGUCAUUGAUUCCAAUCUAAUUGAUCGAUUGCAAGCCAAUUAUUUGACAACCCUACAGUACAUAAUUCGUGAUAGUGAUCGUCCCCCUCACAUGUAUAAAGACUUAUCGACAACAGAAUUUGAUCAAGUCAUCAAUCGAUUCCAACGAACAACGACACAGAAAUACUAUGAAUUGACUUUACAUGGUAUUUUCGAGCGCGCUGUAAAAUUGUGGCCUAACCGCGUCGCUAUUGAGCAUCAGUAUACUUCAAUUACAUAUUUCAAAUUGAACGAACGUGCAACUAAGCUUGCCGUUUAUUUACAGCGUCAAGGUGUUAAACCGAAUGAUCUGGUUUGUAUACUUAUGGAAAAAUCGAUUGCAUUAGUCAUCUGCAUUUUAGCCAUACUAAAAAGUGGUGCUGGCUAUGUUCCUGUCGAUGUUAAUCUUCCGAUCAACCGAAUUCAAUAUAUAUUGAAAUACAGCGGCAGUCAUCUGGUGUUUGUCAGUGCAGCUGCAACAAGUGUCUGGCAUAAUACAUUGUCUACGAAACAAGUCCGGUUAGAAGCUAUCUUUUUGUCAAAUAAUGAUGAGGACGACUUGUGGAUAAAUGAAAACAUCAAUUUCUAUCAGCCAAUGUACAACAGCAAGAACAUGGCUUAUGCUUUAUGGACAAGUGGCACCUGUGAUUCUCCGAAAUGGGUGGAAGUAAAUCAUAGUGGCAGUGUUAACGCUAUUUUAUGUUUACAAGAUGAGAGUCCUUUGCAACCCGAAGACAAGAUGUUACAGGUGGCAUCACUUAGCUUUGAUCAUAGUGUUGCACAAUUAUUUCGCCCAUUAAGCCAGGGUGCUUGUGUCGUUCUUAUCAAUAUUAAUUUUACUGUUGAUGACGUUCGCAAUAUUAUUGACAUUGUUCAACGGCAUCAAGUCAGUGUACUCGAAUUGAGUGCCAGCUUGUUCAAUAGGAUCAAUCCUAGCGAGGUCGUACCACCAUUACGUAUUGCAUAUAUCAGCGACGAAAUUUGUCCGUUAUACGUGGCUGAACUGUGGUCUAGUCACGUGCCUACAUAUAAUUUGUACGGAUCAACAGAAACAUCAAUUUAUACUCACAUAGCCCGUCUUUUACCGAAUCAGACGCGCGUUAUGAUCGGCCGUCCUCUGCCUAACACUUUGUGCUAUAUAAUUGACGAUCGAAUGAUACCAGUUUUUAUUGGAACUGUUGGUAGAUUGUGGAUCGGUGGAUGUGCGCCAGCUCGUGGCUAUCGAAAGCGUGAUGAUCUAAAUAAAAUAAAAUUUCUCGAAAAUAUUUUUCAUCGUCACGAUGGUAAUAUUAUCUUUGAUACGGGUGAUUUAGCACGCUGGCAGAGUGAUGGACAGGUCGAGUAUUUGGGCCGCCAUGAUACUCAGUUUAAAUGUCAUGGUAAUCGUAUAGAACUCAGUGAGAUUGAGCAGUGUAUACUCGGAAUGAGAAAGUCGCAUAAUACGCAAUCUCAACCUGAAGAAGUGGCAGUCAUAGUUCAAAAUAAUAACGAAAAUAUGAAAGACAAUAAGCAAAUCUACUUGUGUGCUUAUGUGACGCCUAAAUCAGUUGAUCUGGUUAAACUUAAACACCACGUCAAUAUUUCAUUACCAUCGUACAUGUAUCCAACUUAUUUCGUUACUCUCGAUCGAUUGCCUCUAACAAUGAACGGAAAAAUUAAUCGUAAUGACUUGUUUAAACUUAAACUAGAUGAGUUUCGAAAAUCUAACAGUAAACCUGAGAAGUAUUCACAGGCUGUUCAACGAAAGGUCCACGAGAUAUGGUGCUUCUUGUUGCAGCUCGAUUUUGUGGAUCCUGAAGAAUCGUUCUUUGAUAUUGGUGGUAAUGCAUUACUAUUUUUGAAGCUUAUUGAGUCUAUUCAAAAACGGUUUUUUGCCGACCGAUCAUCGGGACUUCAACCACCUAUUGACCAAUGGCUCGACACUACAACCAUUCGUUCCCAAGUUGUUCUAAUUGAAAAUAGCCUUAAAAAGAAUUUGAAUAUACAAAAAGAUCGUCUAAUAUGUAUCAGUAAGCGUCGAUUACGGGCGCAUGUCAAAGCUUUACGAACUGCUCAUUCAACGGCCUCUGCAAUAAUGAAAUUAACAAGGCGAAGGUCGUCAAUCCUAUAUGGCUUGGCUCCGAAGAGUGGCCCAUGGAAUUUCCCACAGGUUAGUAUAUGUCAAGUCAUUCCACCAUCAUUUUUCACGCUAUAUUCCGUAUUCAUGUUGGAAAAAAUUCGAAAACCAUUUGUCCAAAUAUCUUUUUCUAGAGAUCUAGCAGGCAUUAUAUAA